GUAGAUGGUGGUGGUAUCCGCGGCGUAUCCGAACUCUUCAUCCUCGACGAGAUUAUGAGGUGCAUCCAGAUCCACCAAAACCUCCCUCAAACUCCCAAGCCUUGCGAAUACUUUGAUCUCAUCGGCGGAACCAGCACCAGAGGACUAAUCGCAAUCAUGCUAGGAAGGCUAAAAAUGUCCACUGAAGACGCCCUCCAAAGUUACAACAGAAUCUCCAGCGCGGUGUUCAGCACCGAGAACAGGAAACCUUUCUACAGCGACGGAAAGUUCAAAGCAACUACAUUGGAGAAGGAGGUCAAGAAUGUCGUCUGCUGGGCUGGGUACAGCGAUGAUCAGAAGCUGUUGGAUCCCAACACGGGGAGAAAUUUGAAAGGAAACAUCUUCAACAGUUUCAUAUGCUCCAUGACCGGAAUCAACCUUCGGUCUCCCCAGCGUUUCCGCACAUACCAAGGACUCCCCAACCAAGGUCCUGACUGCAGAAUACGGGAAGCCGUGCGUGCCACCACAGCAGCACCAACCUUCUUCAAAGCCAUCAAAAUUGUCGGACCAGGAGGGUUCAGGCCCGAUUACGUUGACGCAGGCCUGGGGUUUAAUAAUCCCACCAAAGAGGUCCGCGACAAGCCAAGGAGCUAUUCGGCAGUAACCAAUGUAUCGGUGUGUUCCUCAGCAUUGGGACAGGCCACGUACUUGAGAGGGCCGGAGGCUUCGAUGCAGAUUGAUAGGGUCGUAGCCUGCCUCUGUCGCGUUGGAGUCGGACAAGGGAAGACGUUGGUUUCUUUGUAG